GCUGAGGGGCGGGCGGAGCUCUGGAUUGAGGAAGUCAGCUGAGAAUGCUGUGAGUUUCGGUUUCCUGGCUCCUGCCAGCUUCCAAGCUCCCAGCCGAGACAUCCUCCCUCUCCUCUGCCUCCUGCUCUGCUGGGAGCCGUCACCCCGGGAGCCAGCAGGAGCCAUGGGCAACUGGCUGUUCAGCAAUGGCCCGGAAACGGUGUACGAGAUGCCUGCUCAUGCACUGGAUGAUUAUGUCCAGUUCUCCCUGAGGCCGACGGAAGACUGUCAGAAGCAGAUCGAUGAGGCCGUGGACAGCAUCUAUGCCACCCUGCAGGAAGCCACGGAGCCUCCCGUGGUGACACACGUGGCCAAAGGCGGCUCCUAUGGCCGGAAAACAUUCUUAAAGGGCAGCGCCGAUGGCACCCUUGUCAUCUUCAUCGGUGACCUUGAGAAAUUCCAGGACCAGAAGGAAAAGCGAUACGAAAUCCUUGACAAAAUCUGGCAGCGGCUGAGAGCGUGUCGGCUCGAAAGGAGGCUGGCAGCCAGGAUGGAGAUGCUGAGGCCCGAUGGUGGCCUCGCCAUCCGACUGUACACAAAGUAUCAGUGCGUCACGUUGGACGUGCUGCCCGCCUUCGACGCUCUGGACUUAAGUGGCAAGCCCAGCCCCUCGACCUACCGCGACCUCAAAAGAGCCUUGGACAAGGCAAGGGCCAGCCCCGGGGAGUUCUCUGUCUGCUUCACACAACUCCAGCAGAAUUUUUUUAACAACCAUCCCAGGAAGCUGAGGGAUUUGAUCCUCUUGGUAAAGGACUGGCAUCGACUGUGCCAGAAGCGGUUGGAGCCUCGGUCCCUGCCACCCUCAUAUGCUCUCGAGCUGCUCACCGUCUAUGCCUGGGAGGAGGGGUGCAGAGAGGAAGACUUCGACAUCGUCCAGGGCCUCAGAACUGUCCUGGGGCUCAUCCAGCAGCAGGAGCAGCUGUGCGUCUAUUGGACAGUCAACUACAACUUCGAGGAUGAGACCGUCCGGAACGUCAUGCUGGGCCAGAUCCGAUCACCGAGGCCAGUAAUCUUGGACCCAACUGACCCCACCAAUCGGGUGAGUGGAGAUAAGGAGUGCUGGCAACUGCUAAAGGAAGAAGCUCAAGCCUGGCUGUCUCGUCCCAGCCUGCAAGAGUCGCCAUCGUGGAAUGUUCUGCCGACCCCGCUCCACGAGACCCCCGGCCACCAUCUGGACAAAUUCAUCAAGGACUUCCUCCAGCCCACGAAAACCGUCAGACUCCAGACCAAGGCAGCGGUCGGCAUCAUCUCCAAGUUCCUGAAAGAAAUCUGCUUCCGGAACUCCGCCACCAACGUGCAGAAGCCCAUCAAGGCAGGGUCAACGGGCAAAGGCACCGCCCUGAAGACCGGCUCCGACGCCGACCUCGUGGUGUUCGUGAACUCGCUGACCAGCUUCCCGUCCCAAAGAGCCGAGCGCUACUCGGUCAUCAAGGAGAUCAAGCGGCAGCUGGAGGCCCAGCAGCAGCUGGCGGCCGAGCCGGACCUGGAAGUGACCUUUGAGAUCUCCAAGUGGGAGGCCCCCCGGGUGCUGAGCUUCUCCCUGAAGUCCAGGCGCCUCCCCGGGCCCGUGGACAUGGACGUGCUGCCGGCAUUCAACGCGCUGGAGAAGCUGAGGCCUCUCUGGAGGGUCUACGCCCAGCUCAUCGCUCAGUACCAAGAGCACCCCGACACUCCCGGGGGCGAGUUUUCGGCCUGCUUCACCGAGCUGCAGCGAGACUUCGUCAGCUCCCGGCCCACCAAGCUGAAGGACCUGCUGCGCCUGGUGAAGCACUGGUACAAGCAGUGUGAAAGGAGACUGAAGAAAAAGGGGUCGCUGCCCCCCAAGUAUGCCUUGGAGCUGCUCACCAUCUAUGCCUGGGAGCAGGGCAGUGGGGCCACGAGUUUUGACACCGCUCAAGGCUUCCGGACGGUCCUGGAGCUGGUCACCCGGUACCAGCAGCUCUGUGUCUUCUGGACGGUCAACUACGACUUCGAGAACGAGACUGUGAGGAACUUCCUGCUGAGCCAGCUCCAGAAACCCAGGCCUGUGAUCUUGGACCCGGCCGAUCCCACGGGCGACGUGGGCGGAGGGAACCGCUGGUGCUGGCAUCGCCUGGCCAACGAAGCGGCUGAAUGGCUGUCCUCCUCUCUCUGCUUCAAGGAUGGGACCGGAGAUCCCGUCCCGUCGUGGGAAGUGCCGGCCGUGCAGACCCCAGGAAGUUGUGGGGCUGGUGUCUGUCCUGUUGUCAAUGAGAUGUUCUCAUGCAGAAGCCGUGGAAUCCCAGACUGGAAAUGCUAGGAGAAGCUUCUGGAGGUCACCUGACAAUGGCUCCUGAAGAACCAGUUCACUGUGUACACACAUAUCCCAGGUCCCUUCUCCCCCACUCCCCCCUCUUCCCUCCUCCCUCUCCCUCCUUCCCUGGUUUUUCUCAGACAACUCUUCCCAUCAAGACUGCCAUGUCCUUCUCAGAAAGUCUCGUAAACGCUCGCCCUGCUGGGCUCUCACUCUGGCCUGAUUUAUUAAAAACAUUUGCUCUCAUCCGUAUUUUUCCCAUUCACUCCUUCCUUUUCCUUCGAGUUUUAGAAGAGGAUUCUCUCCCUCUUCUGAGGGUGAAGCCCCUGGCCUGCCCCUUGGUUCCCAUAAGCCAGAGAUCCUGCUUUCGUAAACUCCCACCUCCCUCUGGAUGCGGACGCCACCUGUGCCUGCUGAUCAGAGGCCUCCUGAGCCAGGAGCAAACCAGCCUCUCUGAAGACCUUCCAGCUCUCCUGAGCCUUGGAUGGCAACUGUGGAACCAUAUUUACCUUCCGCUUCCUCCCUCUGAGCUUACCUUUAGUCCCCACCCAGGAGUGGCCAAAUCUGAAGGCUUCAUUCUCUGGCUUUUCUUCCAAAGAUACGUGAAGGUCCAAGUGUUUUAGCCUCCUAGGUAUCCUCUGAAAGUCUUAUUACUCUCACACAUGCCAACUGUCAUGCAGUAAAAAAAAAAAAAAAAAAAAAAAAAAAAUACCUGGCCCUUCCCGGUUUGCUCAAUGGUUAGAGAUUAGCCCCACAGACCAACGGGGCCAUGGGUUCGGUUCCCAGUCAAGGGCAUGCACCCCCAUGGCAGGUCCCCCUUGCCCCGCCGGGGCACAUGUGGGAGGCAACCAAUCGAUGUGUUUCUCUCACUUCAAUGUUUUUCUCUCUCUCUUCCCCCUCACCC